AUGAAUAAAGUUACUUUAUUGCUAUUGUUAACAGCUUUAUUAGUAAAUUCACAAUUUACUGAUAAAAAGGUUGUUAACUCUUGCUUACAAGACGAAAUCGAUAUGAGUAAAAUUGUUCCAUAAGACUACUUAGAAACGUUUGAUGAAAAAUAUGGAUAAAGAAAGCUCCAAAGGUCUGAGCCCUAACCUUUUAGAAUUACACUUGAUUUUAAUGAAUUAGACAAUCCUCUAAAUGGAGCUGGAAUGACUCCAAGUUUAAAAGAAUACAUUAAGAAAAUUAUGUAUGCUGCUUAGACAUUUUUGAACAAGCUCAUUAAGGUACAUCCUAGAUAAAAACCAAAUAAAUAUACUUGGUUUAAUCAUCUUUGUUAUGAUACAUUACUUUCUGAAUAGAUAAAAACAGUUGGUGUAGAUAAUUCUGAUUUACAUAUUUUUGUUACCUAUGGUAAUGAACGCGCUUCAUAUGUAGCAAAUGCAAUUUGGUGUAACUUAGAUCCUAAUCCUAAUGUUGGAAGAGUUAAAUUCAAUUUAGGAAAUAUGUUUAUAGAUGAAACAUCUGGUUAGUCUUUCUUGGAUUACUUUUCAGUUGCCUUGCAUGAAAUUAUGCAUAUCUUAGGUUUCUCAGGUAAUAGUAUUUAAUAUUGGAUUGAUCCUGAUACAGGUAGCGCUUAUGGUUACUGGAGUGUUGAAAAAAUAUUGAAAAAAGAAAGAAGAUGGGAUAUUGAAAAUGUAACAAAGAUAUCUUCUAAAAAUCUUUUGAAAGUUUCCAGAAAUCACUAUAAUUGUCCUUCAAUUGAUGGCAUGUACCUUGAAAAUUAAGGUGAAGGUGGCUCUUUUGGUUCACAUUGGGAAAGAGAUUUACUUGGAAAUGAAUUUAUGACUGCAAGUACGGUCUUUGGCUACUAUACUAUAUCUGAAUUUACAGCUGCUCUCCUUUUAGAUACUGGUUAUUAUGCUGAAAUCAAUCAAAAUCUCCUUAUGCCUCUUUACUGGGGUAAAAAUAAAGGCUGUGACUUCUUCAAUAAAUCAUGCAACGCUGGAAAGUACUUUGCUGAAUUCUCAGAUGAUACUACCAGAGAAGGUUGUGAUUUUUACUCUUAUGGUAUUGGUCGUCGCUAUAAAACUGAUCCAUUCUCGUAAUGUGAAAAUAUUGUAAUCAGCAUUUAAGGUAGAUGUGAUUCUGAUGACUUUAAAUCUGAAAACUUUUUCAGAUAAAACCCUGGUGCUGGCUCUAGAUGUUUUAGAUCAAAUUCAAAUGCCAAAGGAGAAAACUUUUUGAAUAUUUAAGGCAGAUGCUUUAAGGCAUAAUGUUCAAACGAUUUAUCAUCAAUUAAAGUUAAUGUUUGGGAAAACGAAUUUGUUACUUGCUAAUACCCAAAUUAAGUUAUUAAUUUGGCAGAAUAAACUAAAACUACUUAAGGUGUUAUGAAAUGCCCUGAUGAUUUUGAAUUGUUUUGUGGUUUCCCUAAAUAAUGCCCAAAUAAAUGUUCAAGUAAUGGUAUUUGUAUUAAUGGAUUUUGUAUUUGCUUAAAAGGAUAUGCUGGGGACGAUUGCUCUAAAAGAUGUGGUGAGGAUUAAGUUUGGGAUGGCGCACACUGCACAUUAAAUUGCCCUUCUGGAUUAUUUAAGAAUUUUGAUAACACUUGCAAGACCACUUGUCCUUAUAAGUAAUAUGGAGAUUAAGCAACACGUAGUUGUGCUGUUUGCUCUAAUAAAUGUUCUGCAUGUUUUGGUCCCUCUUCUAAUUAAUGUAUUUCUUGCAAUAACGGUUUUAUUCUUUAAGGAAAUCAAUGUAUAGAAGCUACUUGUCAUUCAAGUUGUCAAACAUGCUCAGGACCUAAUGCCAAUUAGUGCACUUCUUGUCCAUCUGGAACAUAUUUAGACUCAAGUAAGACUUGUCAACCUUGCUAGGCUCCAUGUGAAAGCUGUUUCAAUUCAGCAACUGAAUGCACAACUUGUGUUAAGGAUUAUGAAAUUGAUAAAGCAAGUGGGUAAUGUAUUUUUAGCAAGGUUUGUGAUAUUUCUUGUCAAGAUUGUUAUGUGUUUAGAGAUCCUAGAGGGUGUCUUACAUGCAAAGAUGGCUAUUUCUAUAAUGGAAGUGAAGGAAGUUGCUAAAAAUGUGAUGAAUCUUGCUCUAAAUGUACUUAUAGAAAAGAUAAAUGUAUAGAAUGUUCAAGUGGAUAUGAGUACGAUGGUUAUAAUUAAAGAUGUUACUAACUCUGCCAUGAAAGUUGCGAAUCUUGUACAGCUCCUUAGAAUCCCAAAGCAUGUAAAAGCUGUGCAUAUAACCAUGUUAUGUAGAAUAAUUUAUGUGUUCCUUGUGACAUAAAUUGUAUUGGCUGUAGAGAUGAACCUACAAAAUGUAUCGAAUGCGUAGCAGGUUAUAAGUUUGAUCAUUCUUAGUAAACUUGUGUUAGUGUUUGUAACCCAGGUGAGUACUAAGAUACAGAUGGUAGCUGCUAAAAGUGUGUAUCUCCUUGCGCCACUUGCUAGUAUUAGAGUGAUUUCUGUUAUAGCUGUAUUUCUGGCUAUACUUAUAAUGCUCAAAUCAAUUAUUGUAUUCCAAAUACAAAUUCUUGUCAUGAAAGUUGUAAUUAAUGCAGCUAAAAUAAUGAUCCUAAUUCAUGUACUUCCUGUAGAGAUGGAAUGUAUUUAUCAUCUGGAAAAUGUUAGUAUUGCAGCAAUAAGUGUUAAACCUGCGAAUUUGGUCCUAAUAAAUGCACUUCUUGCUAAAGCAAUGAAUUUUUAUUAAACAACCAGUGCCAAUAAUGCCAUAAUAGUUGCUUAACUUGCUCGGGAAAAGCAACAAAUUGUACUUCUUGUUAAGAUGGCUUAUUAAAAGAUCCAAAAACUGGAAUCUGUAUUAUGAAUACACCUAUUUGUAGAAGUAAUGAAUAUUUGGAUAGUAAAAACUAAUGUUAGAAAUGUCUUUCUCCUUGUGCUUCUUGUUCCAAUUAACCUUACAUGUGUUCAAGUUGUAUUUCAGGCUAUAAAUUAAAUAGUUAAACACUUUAAUGUGAAUAGGAUAUAAUUACUUGUAAAGAUGGGUAAUUCUUAGAUUAAAACAAUAAAUGCAAGCCUUGUCAUUCUUUUUGCAACACCUGCGAGUAAUAAAGUGAUAGAUGUACCAGUUGUAGACCUGGUCUUCUCCUUAUAUAAUCCUUUUGCUAUGAUGAAGUAUGCUAAGAUGGGUAUUUCAAGAACUAAUAAGGUAAAUGUUAAAGAUGUAGUGAAUCUUGCUCUAAAUGUGUAAACUACUAAGAUUAAUGUACUGAAUGUGCUAAUGAAUACACUUUAGACUCUAGGACAUAAAGAUGUAUUAAAAACUCAAGCAAUUAGAAAUGCCAUCCUAAUUGUAAGGAAUGUAGCUAACCAAACAAUGCCCUUGCUUGUUAUUCCUGCAAAGAUGGUCUAUUCUUAAAUAACAGAAGAGAAUGUGUUCAAUGUGAUAAUUCUUGUUUGACAUGUGAUAGAUAUUAAGAUUUUUGUACUUCUUGCUAAUAAGGAUAUAAGUUAGAUGCUACAGGUGGUAAAUGUACUCCUGAUUGUAAAUCAAAUGAAUAUUUGGAUAGUAAAAACUAAUGUUAGAAAUGUCUUUCUCCUUGUGCUUCUUGUUCCAAUUAACCUAAUAUGUGUUUAACUUGUAUUUCCGGCUAUAAAUUAAAUAGUUAAACACGUUAAUGUGAAUAAGAUAUAAUUACUUGUAGAGAUGGGUAAUUCUUAGAUUAAAACAAUAAAUGCAAGCCUUGUCAUUCUUUUUGCAACACCUGCGAGUAAUAAAGUGAUAGAUGUACCAGUUGUAGACCUGGUUUUCUCCUUAUAUAAUCCUUUUGCUAUGAUGAAGUAUGCUAAGAUGGGUAUUUCAAGAACUAAUAAGGUAAAUGUUAAAGAUGUAGUGAAUCUUGCUCUAAAUGUGUAAACUACUAAGAUUAAUGUACUGAAUGUGCUAAUGAAUACACUUUAGACUCUAGGACAUAAAGAUGUAUUAAAAACUCAAGCAAUUAGAAAUGCCAUCCUAAUUGUAAGGAAUGUAGCUAACCAAACAAUGCCCUUGCUUGUUAUUCCUGCAAAGAUGGUCUAUUCUUAAAUAACAGAAGAGAAUGCGUUCAAUGCGAUAAUUCUUGUUUGACAUGUGAUAGAUAUUAAGAUUUUUGUACUUCUUGCUAAUAAGGAUAUAAGUUAGAUGCUAAAGAUGGUAAAUGUACUCCUGAUUGUAAAUCAAAUGAAUAUUUAGAUUUCUAUGAAAAUAAGUGUAAACCAUGUACAUCUCCUUGUGGAAGCUGCGAAUAUUAUCCAGAUAGAUGUACUAGCUGCAUUUCAGGAUAUAAAUACGACAACGAAGGGUAUAGUUGUGAAAUCAUUUGUCAACCUGGAUAAUAUGCUGAUAGAGAUCAAAUAUGCAAACCUUGUUCAUCUCCAUGUGCAACUUGUGAAUACUAUGAUAAUAGAUGUUUGAGUUGUGUUUCUGGUUAUACUUACACCAACUACAAUUGUUAAUAAACUUCAAGGCCUAGUAUGAGAGGUUGUCAUGAAUCUUGUAAUACAUGCACAAGAGCUAUGGAUCCUCGUUCAUGUGACUCUUGUAGAGAAGGAUAUGUACUAAUGAGUGGAUCUUGCCAAAAAAAGAAAGGAAAUUAUUCUAACCCUAAAAAUUGA